ACAGAUACCAAGUUGUUUUAAAUAGUGGUAAAUGUUACCAGGGCAAGGGAUGGUAGUCACUCAACAGCUUUAAUUAAAAACGGUGUUUGACAUUUAUAGACUUGUCAUUUGUUUUAAAGUCCCGUUUUUACUACAUACAGUGAUUCUAUUGUAGUGUAAUGGCAGAAUCAACCGAAAAAAAAAAGAAAGUGCGCGAGCCGAAAGAGGUUGUUGUUGUAAAAAACACGUACGAUUAUCAAAGAAUGAAACUCGAUCGUCUCAUGAGAAAUCCUGAGAAGCCAGUACAAUUACCAGAAAGGCCAAAAGAAAAAAAAGCUGUAUCAGAUCCUCCAGACUUUGUAAGAAAUGUAAUGGGCUCAAGUGCUGGUGCUGGAAGUGGGGAAUUUCAUGUCUAUCGUCACAUUCGUAGAAGAGAAUAUGCAAGACAAAAAAAUAUUCAAAUCAUGUCUGAAAAGGAUAAAAAAGAUGAAGAUUUCAGACAAAAACUGGAAAACAAUCAAAGACAAGCAGAGGAAAGAACCGCAAAGAAAAGAGCCAAGCGACUAAAAAAGAAACAGCUUAUGAAAGCUACAGGGAAGAAACAUAAAACAGAUGCUAGUAGGUCAUCACAGCAAGAAACAAGCAGCAGUUCUGAUACACCAGAUACGGCAGAUGAGCCUGAAGAUCACCCCAAAAACAAGCCGGAAGAUGAUCCUGAGAACAAAUCUGAAGACAAUUGUACUCCAGAUACCACAGGAUUUGAAUAGUGGAAGGAAAGAUUACUGAUCAUUAAGACUCAACCUAAAACUCUGCAAAAUGUUUGAUUGUUUACUAGUUAAAUCUGUGUACAAACAGGCGACGCCACAAAUGCAUUGAUUUAUCGAUAUUUUGAUGCUUAAUGUCCUAGUAAGUUUUAAUUUGUGGUGGACAUGUGUUCAGGCAAAGAAUAAAUGAAUCCAUAUCUUG